AUGGCAGCUGGCCGCGCUCAUGAAGGUAAUGUCAGCCCGGCAUUGCUCACGAGCUACAUAAAGCAGGCCCGCACGAUCCAAGCGUUGUUCAACACCUAUUCCGUUCACCAGAAACAGCUCAACCAUAUUCAUCUAUCAGCUUGCUGGAACUCACUGGGUCAUCUAGCACGCUCUUCGGGACCGUUAUGGUUCAACGAGCAUGCAACUGCGCUGGAGUCACUCGUGCAGCACACGGUUGGCAUGAUCUCUGCUGGACAACUCCAAGCACGGCAAUUGGUCAAUAUCGCAUAUGGGGUGGCGCGAAGCGGCGGGGGGCAGCACAUGGACGCCUUGAUGGCGUCUUUAGCCAAGUCGCUAAAGCAGCGCUUGCAUGACUGCAACGCGCAGGAGCUUGCCAACGCGGCGUGGGCGUUUGCGAAAACGGGCAAGUGCGACAGAGGGUUGUUCAAGGUGCUGGCUCGGGCGGCAGAGAGCCGCGCAGAUAGUUUCAAGGCGCAGGAGCUUGCAAACAUAGCGUGGGCGUUUGCAACGGCGGGCCACCCAGACGAGAAGCUUUUCACAGAGUUGGCGCGGGUGGUGGGGAGCAACUUGGACUACUUCAGCGCCCAGGGCCUCGCAAAUACAGCGUGGGCGUUUGCUAAGGUUGGACACUCGGACGCGAAACUCUUUGCGGCUUUGGCCACCUCGGCCGAAUGGCUCAUGAACGACUUCAAUGCGCAGGACCUCGCCCACACAGCGGGAGCUUUUGCUAGGGCAGGCCAUUUGGAUGAACAGCUGUUCGCAGCGUUGGCCGCAUCAACCGAGAGGAGGCUCGGCGACUUCAAUGCGCAGGGCCUCGCCAACGUAGCGUGGGCGUUUGCAAAGGCAAAUAAAUUGGACGCAAAGCUGUCGAAGGCGCUGGCGCAGUCGACAGUGAGCCGCAUGAGCUCUUUCAACGCGCAGGACCUCGCCAAUAUUUCUUGGGCGUUUGCGAAGGCAUGCCAUGUGGAUGCCGAGCUCUUUUCGGCGCUUGCGCGGUCAUCAGAAAGACGCCUGACUGAUUUCAACGCUCAGGAUCUAGUGAACACGGCGUGGGCAUUUGCAAAGAUUGGCCUCCCGGACGCGCAACUUUUUGCCGCGUUGGCAAGGGCGGCGGAGAGGCGCCUCGAAGACUUCAGUGCACAGAACCUUGCCAACAUAGCAUGGGCAUUUGCAAAAGCAGGCCAGCAGGAUGCAAAGUUGUUCACAGCGCUGGCAAGGACAGCAGAGGGGCGCUUAGAAGAUUUUGGCGCAGAGGACCUUGCCAACAUAGCAUGGGCGUUUGCAAAUGCAGGUAACCUAGAUACGCAGCUGUUUGUGGCAUUGGCAAGGUCAGUCGAGCGAUAUAUUGAUGACCUAAAAGACGAAGAUCUCGACAACACAGCAUGGGCGUUUGCAACAGCUGGGCAGAAAGGUAUUGCCAAGCGCCUUCGUCAGCGAAUGGGGGAGGCGGACUCUGUUACGAUGUCGCUCACGGCCUCCCCAGAUACGUCGAAAUGUGGCCGCAUCGUGAUUGCUGGUGGCGGCAUCGGCGGGGCAGCCGUUGCAGUGGCGCUGCAGAGCAAGGGAUUUGAUGUCGUCGUUCUCGAAUCAGACUCCUGCCUGGAUGCGCGCAAGCAGGGGUAUGGCCUGACAAUCCAGAAGCUGGGUACCAUACAGGCGUUGGGCAUCAGCCUAGAGGAAGACGAUGCGCCCUCUACGUCACACUACACUUUCUCGGCAGAGGGGAAUGUCUUAGGACGGCUACGGCGAUGCAUUCCGUCAGGAUCAGCGUACAUCAUCCAGCAGCGGAGGGCGGUUUGUCCAUAUUCCACGGCAAGCGCUCCGUGCCAGAAUCGUUGA